AUGUCCAAAUUACAGUGGCAAAUCGCCCAAGAAACUCAACUCUUAGCUGAAGAGAGAUGGAUUAUUAAAGCUCUACAGUUAGUUAAAAAGGAAAGAAACUCUCUCCAGAUUGAAAGAUUGAGUUUAGAAAGCAUAAAAAUGCAGCGCACUCAAGGGUCACAAAAGACUAAUAAAUCCACCUCAAAUGAGCCUUCCACAUCAUUAAUUGACAUAAUGAAAAAUUUAAAACAACCAAACAGUGGGGAUAUGAUUGUAUAUGAGGAAACCUUGACAACUACUUGUAAUGAAGAAGAACUUAAUUUGACUUGCUCAAAUUCAAUAUUUGGGCCAAUGUAUGAAGAAGAGGAUAUGGAAGAAGAGGAAGACCUUGAUUUCUUGAUGGAAAAUAUGAAUACAAUAAUAAAUACUGAACCGGACAAACCAGAUCAAUCUAUACUGGGAUGA